CAUGGAAAGGGUCAGGUAGGCAAGUAUGGUAUGGGAGUAAUGUAGCUUUAAAUGUAGGUGCCGCACCUGUGUAUUUUUAGUCUAUACUAUAAUGGAUCCUCUGUGAUGUGUAUCACUGGUAGUAUACAUUGAACUGGCAGAGUUAAAACAUAUUGAUACUUAAUUGAAAUGUAUAUUAAGGAUACUAAGUAACUAGAAUUUAUACAUAGUAAGCUAAGCACAACGGAAGUAGAUGCAUAAUUUUAGUUAUAAUAAUAAGUACUCUGGCUCGUUUUGGAUUUUAUACACUUUUAAUGUAUUUUAUGUUUUCAUUAUCACCUUGUUUUGCAUAUGUAUGAUUGCAUUUUGUUUUUACACAGAUUGUUUUAACACCUCAUGAAUACAUUAUUGUGGAGAUUGCAGGGGACAUGUGCACUGCGGUUCCCCUCCGGGAUGCAUCGAAUUGGGUGGUCCAUUGCGGUUGCUAUGUGCACCUGGUUACCGGCUGUACGGGUCUCAGGAUGACGUCAUUCCGGAUGUCCCUCUCCUUUGCCGACCGGAAGGGAGCGACGGGCGCUAGCACCUGGAGAGACACACAUCUUAUAAAAGAGAUGUCAAGGGACAAGCAGCCCCGAUCCCCCCCUUCCCCCACCCACUCGGAUCUAUCCCUGCAUAGCAACGAGGAGUGGGAGCCGACCCAGGAGGGGGAUACGACCGACCAGGCAUGCAGUGACCAGCCGCGGUCGUCAAGGGCCCAUGAGAAGACUAAGAAAAAGCCUAGUAGAAAGGCAAGAAGCCAGCCAGAGGAGCAGUCGGAGAAGGAAGCCUCUGGUGAAGAUGCAGGACCGAAAAAGCCGCGUGGCCCCAGAUACACUGAGGCGGAAAACUGUGCUCUAGUGGAUGGCGUCGACAGGUCCUACGACGUUCUGUAUGGACCAAGGGCACAGACCACAGCAGCUAGGACAAAGCGAAACAUCUGGGAUGCCAUCGCGAGCCAAGUCACUGCAGUAUCUGGAAACCGCCGGAGCACCAGAAACUGCAUGAAGCUGUACAGUGAUUGCCGGAGACAGACCGAAAAGAAGAUGGGGAUUCAGCGCCGACAUGAGACCGCUACGGGAGGUGGACCGGCUCUCAACCUGAAGUGGCUACCCUGGGAGAAUGUUAUUAGAAGGCGCAUGAACCCUGCCAUGGUCGAAGGAGUUCGCGGAGGUGUGGACUCUAGCCGUCCUGCUGGCUUUCCCGAGGAGGAAGAACCGCCCAGAAGACGGAAGAAGGCGGGAGAUAAGCAGUCCAAAAGGAGGCCUGAUGACAGGCCUGCCCAGAGGACAUCACCUGCGCGCAGGACAUCGCCAGCGCGCGGACCGACACCUGCGCAGCAGGCAUCGACAGCAGCGCGCGGGCCGACACCUGCGCAGCAAGCAUCAGGAGCGCGCAGAUCUUCACCUGUGCGCCACAGAUCGUCAUCGCACAGUUUGUCACCUGUGCACCAGACGACGUCGGCGCGCAGACUAUCACCUGUGCGCCAGACAUCAGCGCACAGAACUUCACCUGUGCGCCAUACACCAUCGGCGACCACACCACAAGAUGGGCGCCAAACUACAGCUCCUGCGCGCAGGUCAUCACCAGAUCGUCGUAUCUCCAGGAGCUCUGGGACUGUGACUGAAGAGCCUCAAGACACAACCCUUGUGGACCCAUCACCCGAUCUGUUUGAGUCUACAGGGUUAACAGACGAGACUUUUCUUGGGUUUGAGGACAGCCGUGCAGACGUAUCCAGCCAGACCCUUGAAAAGUCUUCAGAUACGAGGACAAGUGAAGCUCCUGGAGCAGCGGCACCACAGGAUGGAGAAGUGGUGCCACGGACCAGCAGCGGACUAGCUUCGGGAAUUGGUUCCUACUACAGGCCGGAUCUCCUCCUACAGGAGUCGUCAGAGGAUGACGAGGUGGAAGUGCAGCAGGCUGCAGUUGCUACAUCCCUGUCUGCCCAAAUGCAAGUGGUGGCAGACGUCCAGGAAGGGCAGAAUCCCUCAACUGUUCAGAGGGUUCACACCCUGGCAUCGGAGAUUACUUCCCGCCAGGAUACGUACACAAAUGUCGUUGGAAGCAGACUGGACAACAUUGAGAGGACAAUGGAGAAGAUGUCAAACAGUCUGCUUGAAAUGCAGAAGGCUCUUGCCGACAGCACGGCCACAAUGCUACAGGUCAGAAUGGAAGAUCAUAGGGAGACUAUGGACGUCCUUCACAUUCUGGCCGAAUCCAUGAGCCGGCUCGUGGAGAACACAACAUGUCUGGCACACAGCAAUACCAACAUGUCUGAGAGCCAUCGACAAUCCUCAUCCAGCCAACAGCUCAUCGCAACCACACUGCAGAUGAUCUAUGACAAGCUCCCAGAACCAGCUCAUCAACACGCUGGUGAUCCACCAUUUCCGCCGUCACAAACCACAAGGACGCCUCUUACCCUUCCUCAACUACCAUCCCAGUACAGACAGUCACAGAUGUACCAGGGAUAUACAGGGAUGUACCCCACCCACCAGAUGCCUCCACCACCGGCCGCCACAUCUACAGCCGCAUGGGCACAGAGGCCCAGUCAACGUACUACCCAGCCUCCCAGGACAUCGACACCCCACACUCAGGAGGAACACCAGGAUCCGGACAGACUUCCACCAUAAGCCCGGUCGUAUUGUUUUAUUUACUUCUAUGUUUUUCAUGUAUCCCUUUCUUCCCCUCCCAUUAGUUUUUUUUUUUCUUACUAUUAUUUUUUCUUUGUUGGGCUUCCCCACCCGUGACCGGGUACUACCAAGGAGCUUUGUGUAGGCAUACAUGCGCGGGCAUGUAUGCGGGCGCGUGUGGUAACGGAUGAAAGCUCCUUGUGGCUACAUGUAUGAUGGGCCAAAGAGCAAUUCUGAUACCACUCUUUUACCCAAAAAAUCCUUUUUGUAAUGGUGUACAAUAGGCUUUCACUGUUGUGUGAAUUUACUAUUCACUAGUGUGUGUUUUUGGCUUAUUCAUAGGAUUGGGUGGAAAAUUUAAGUGGACGGCAUAGUUCGUGUUGUGCGUACCAAGAUAUCUAUCUACACAAGAAAAGAAUAUAAAGAAUAACAAACUACUUUUUUGUUUUAUUACCUUUCAAUUUUUUUUUCAAUAAUCAAAUACAAUUUUUCUUCAAUAAAUUUUUAAAAAGAGAA